UCACACCAACCCCCAGCUAGUAUAUAAGACCACCCCUAAUCACCGUUCCGUGCUCUCGCUUCGCUCCCUUAAUUUAUCAAUCCUAAUUUAUUUCCGCCUUCCCGUUGAAAUCAUUUCGCUCGCUCUCCUUUCCCGACUACCAUUCCCGCACUCGAAGAACUCGGAUACUGUUUAUACCAGAAUAAAAUCUUGCAUUCAUCAUCUGGAUACUCCUGUUUCCCCAAACUACUUGGCGCCUCGAUCCCGCGCGGCGAAAUUCCGGCCCGGGUUCCGCCGAUUUAGGCCUCCGGGCAUGGAGCGUCGAAGGUUGCUAAAGGCGGCUAUUUUGCUGUGUUUGCUUGCGCUUUGCUCCGGGAGAGAACUUACGAUCAAACAUCGCCCCUCCACUACCAUAUAUAACUCAACGCUUGCCAAGAUACUUGUGGAAUAUGCUUCUGCUAUCUAUACUGCUGAUUUGACACGAUUGUUUACUUGGACAUGUGCUAGAUGUGGUGACAUGAUCAAGGGGUUUGAGCUGAUGGAGAUCAUUGUAGAUGUUGAGAAUUGCUUGCAGGCAUAUGUUGGUUUUGCUAGUGAUAUCAAUGCUGUCGUUGUUGUGUUUAGAGGAACUCAAGAGACCAGCAUCCAGAAUUGGAUAGAGGACUUGUUAUGGAAACAACUUGAUCUUGAUUACCCCGGCAUGCCUGAAGCAAUGGUGCACCGAGGGUUUCACUCUGCUUAUCAUAACACAACUUUACGUGAUGGAGUAGUCAGUGGUAUUCAAAAGACUCGAAAAUUGUAUGGAGAUGUUCCAAUCAUGGUCACAGGACAUUCAAUGGGUGGAGCUAUGGCUUCAUUUUGCGCACUUGAUCUUGUUGUGAACUAUGGACUAGAUAGUGUGAAAUUAAUGACGUUCGGGCAACCUCGAAUUGGCAAUGCUGCUUUCGCAUCUUAUUUCAAGAAAUACUUGCCCCAUGCAAUUCGAGUUAUUCAUGCCCACGAUAUUGUGCCUCACCUGCCACCAUACUCCUCAUUCUUCCCACAGAAGACCUACCAUCACUUCCCAAGAGAGGUAUGGAUCCAUAACAUUGGACUAGGAAGCCUAAUUUACUCUGUAGAGCAGAUCUGCGAUGAUUCUGGUGAAGACCCAGUGUGCAGCAGGUCUGUAAGUGGAAACAGCGUGCAAGAUCAUAUAUACUAUCUCGGCGUCAGCAUGCUUGCAGAAGGCUGGAGCACCUGCAGAAUCGUCAUGGACUACAGCAAAUUACAGUAUCAUAUGGACCUCAACGGUAACGUCGUCUUGUCGAAGCAACCUAGUUUGUCAAAUGACAGAAGAUUCAGUGUCCAGUGAACCAAUGUAUGAUAUGUAUAGUAUGAUAGCAUCACGAAUCAGUGUUGUUCAGAGCUAGCACUGCACAUCCGUUCCCUAUUUCCCCUGUGGAUGAUGCUCUUUGUUGAAUUGAUCCUGCAUCCAAAGAGGGUGGGAUGAACAUGCUGGGUUUGGAUAUGCUUGCUGUAAAUGUGAUUUCGUAUGUAAAGCAUUGUUCAGUUCACAAAUAUAUACGCCAAGGUCUGGCAAAUGCAUCUGAAUAUCAAGAAUUCAUCCAA